CACCCUCGCUCGCUCGCCCCGGGUAUGAAAGCUGAAAACCUUCGAAGAUUGACUUCUGGAGCUGCUAGACUUAAAAAGAAAAAGAUCCAGAUCUCCUGUCUGUAAUUUUCCUGGGAGAGGAUGAUGAUGUUCGAGGAUAUGGGGCUUUGUUCUGAUAUGGAUUUCAUAUUUGCCCCUGUUGGGGGAGGAGAGGCAGCUGCCCUGCCACCUGAACCAGAAGCAAUGAUGGAUGAUGAUUAUACUGAUGAAGAGGUAGAUGUAGAUGAGCUUGAGAGGAGGAUGUGGAGGGACAAAAUGCGCCUCAAACGGCUCAAAGAACAGAAUAAAUGUAAGGAAGGAAUAGAUAUGGCAAAGCAGCGGCAGUCCCAAGAACAGGCAAGGAGGAAGAAAAUGUCGAGGGCACAAGAUGGAAUCUUGAAAUACAUGCUGAAAAUGAUGGAAGUUUGUAAAGCUCAAGGCUUUGUUUAUGGGAUUAUUCCUGAGAAGGGAAAGCCUGUGACUGGGGCAUCUGACAAUCUUCGCGAGUGGUGGAAGGAUAAAGUCAGGUUUGAUCGUAAUGGUCCAGCUGCCAUAACAAAGUACCAAGCAGAUAAUGCAAUCCCAGGCAAGAAUGAUGGCUGUAAUUCAAUUGGUCCAACCCCUCACACCUUGCAAGAGCUUCAAGACACCACCCUUGGUUCUCUCUUAUCAGCACUCAUGCAGCAUUGUGACCCCCCUCAGAGGCGGUUUCCCUUAGAGAAAGCUGUCCCCCCACCAUGGUGGCCCACUGGUAAUGAGGAUUGGUGGCCUCAACUUGGUUUGCCAAAGGACCAAGGCCCUCCUCCUUACAAGAAGCCUCAUGACUUGAAGAAAGCAUGGAAGGUGGGAGUUCUCACAGCAGUUAUCAAGCAUAUAUCUCCCGAUAUUGCCAAGAUACGCAAGCUUGUGAGGCAGUCUAAGUGCUUGCAGGACAAGAUGACAGCCAAGGAAAGUGCCACCUGGCUUGCCAUCAUCAACCAGGAGGAGACCUUGGCCCGAGAGCUUUACCCUGAUUCCUGUCCCCCAUUAUCUUCUGGUGGUGGGAGUGGAUCUCUGGUCAUCAAUGAUUGCAGCGAGUAUGAUGUUGAAGGGGCUGAGGAUGAGCCAAACUUUGAUGUUCCGGAGCAAAAGCCUGAGAAUCUUCAUUUGUCGAGUAUGGGGAUGGAGAGAAUGAGGGAAAGGCUGUCAGUUCAACAACCACCUUAUCCAUUUAAGGGGGAAAGCAUCACAAAUUUAGAUUUCAUUCAGAAGAGGAAGGCGUCCAGUGAUUUGAACGUGAUAGUGGAGCAGAAAAUAUAUACAUGCGAGUUCCUUCAGUGUCCUUACAGCGAAGUCCGCCUAGGUUUUCAUGACAGGACUUCUAGGGACAAUCAUCAAUUGACCUGUCCAUAUAGAAGUCCUUCAGAGUUUGGAGGAUCAAAUAUUCAUGUUAAUGAGGUUAAGCCGAUUAUCUUCCCUCAAUCCUUUGUUCAACCCAAGCCAGCCCCUCCAUCGGUUAACUCUACCCAACCUUCCUUCGAGUUAUCAGGGCUUGGAGUUCCUGAAGAUGGGCAAAAAAUGAUUAGCGAGCUCAUGUCAAUCUACGACACCAACAUCCAAGGCAACAGGAAUUUAAUUUCCAGUAACAAAGCGGUCAUAGAGAAUCAAAAUCUUCAUCAGCUGAAAAAUCAACCUCAACAGGACAUAUACUUCCAUGGUGAAGGGGUUGUGAUGGAAGGAAAAUUCUUUGAAGAAUCCAACACGCACAGUUGUCAUCAAAUGUUCACGCAUGAGGAAAGUCAAUUUGACCGUUUUAAGGUUCCGAAUUCUCCCUUUGAGACCAACCAUGGUAACAAUAAUUUGCAGAUGAUGUUCGGGUCUCCAUUUGAUUUGGCCUCCUUCGACUAUAAAGAGGAUCUACAAGGAGUAGCACUGGAACACUGCCAAAACAGCCAGAUAUUUCUAUCUGGUACCAGUGAUAGCCUCUGAGUCUGUUUCGGGAGGAAAAACUGUCAGUUGAAGAAGGCUUCCUUAUCUAAACUGUUGUUGCUGUUGUUAUAUUUGUCUUCAAAUGUAACCCUAGAAUUUGUAAGAUUAGCUGUCCUUUAGGGGCCUAAUAAAGUAGAUAGGGUCCCAUAAACUAUCCUGUUGUUAAUUAUUUGUAUGACUGUCAUAUAAAUAAGUUAGGUGCAUGUUUUUUCGUUUUCCUACUUGGUUUGAAUCCAAUCCCAAUCAUGAUAUGAAACCUAAUUGUCUUUUACUGUAA